UUUGAUUGUAUAUCUGCAGUACUCAAGAAAAGAUCAUGAAAAAAAUUCAAGUGGUUUCGAAGCGAGGCGACUCGUCCUCAUCAGACAACUCUACGAAUUCAGCGUUUACUGUGAGGAUAGUGAGAUAUAAAGAGUGCCAGAAGAAUCAUGCUGCAAAUAUUGGCGGACAUGCUGUUGAUGGGUGCCGAGAGUUCAUGCCAAGUGGUGAAGAAGGAACAAACAGCGCCUUUAUUUGUGCUGCCUGUGGUUGUCACCGCAAUUUCCACAGAAGGGCAGUUGAUAUUGAAGUCGCCUCUGAUUCUUCGUCUCCUUCUUCCUAUACUACAUAGAGUGAGCUUUGCGACUAUUUUUUUGGGACUGAUUUAACUUAGUGUAACGGGUUUAUAUAGUAUUGGUAUAAGUUUUGCCUAUUGUAAUAGGUAACUUAGUUUGUUUAUUUUUCAACUAACUAAUUCUACUUUUUCAGGGACGAUUAAGCAUAGUUGUCACUUAUUAGGUGUGAAAAUUAUUAUUUUACACUAUCAACUAAAUUUUGGGGUUGGGUUGAUUAUAUUUUUGUGUUUGGGCAUGAGUGGAUCAUGUUAUGGUAGCAUCUAGGGAAGGCUUCAGUUUUCUUCUACUUUGCUUUCAUCCGUUUUAGGUGUUUGUAUUGACUUAUAUAUGUGAAGGUGAGAUCGUUUGUAAUGAUUUGCAUGGUUGA